CCUUUCCUCAGUCCCCCCCCCCCCCCCCAACCCCCCCACCCAAAUCAAUCUCCGACUCACGGCUGGCUCAGCUGCACGCUGUUGGCCGGAGGAGCACCGGCGCCAGGCUCGCCGACGGAACUGCAGGCCGCUCUGCCUGCGCUGAGCCACUGCAGCCAGCCACCACGCUUCUCCACCGCCCGGCCACCGAGUUCUUCACCUCCUCCACGCCCACGCCCACGGAGAAGACAAGGCAGCAGCAGGGAGGUCAACGGCAGCGGCAACGGCAACGGCGUGGAGCUGCCGGCUGCGUCUGCGGCCCUCGCCCUCCAGGCUCCGCGGCGCUCACGUUCACCUCCUGGCUCCCUCCCUCCCUCAGUCUGCUGCUGCAUCGUCGGGGACCAACAAUCGCAGAAUCCGAGUGAAAGCGAACAUGAUGACUGCCUCUUGCUACGUCUGCCGAUCCGUCGUCCGUGCUCCUCCGCUCAAGUCCAGGACUGCAGUGCGCUGCCAAAGCGCCGCGCCGCCAGGUGCCACCUCCACCUCCAAGCUUGUCCUAGAGGUGAAAGAACGGCUAGCGAGGGAGCACCCAGGCCUCCCCACUGGCAGGAACGGGAGAGACGAUGACGACAUGGUCCUCUGGUUCUUGAAGGACCGCAAAUUCUCUGUCGAUGAAGCCGUCCCCAAGCUCACCAAGGCGAUUAAAUGGCGUCAGGAGUUUGGUGUUUCAGAAUUAUCAGAAGAAUCAGUGAAAGGCCUCUACCAAACUGGCAAGGCAUAUGUACAUGAUUCUUUGGACGUUUAUGGCCGACCUGUGCUGGUUGUAGUGGCAGCCAAACAUUUUCCUUCGACACAGGAUCCAGUUGAAAACCAGAAGCUCUGUGCCUAUUUGGUUGAGAAGGCAGUAAGCAGACUUCCCUCAGGAGCAGAGAAUAUACUUGGGAUCUUUGAUCUGAGAGGCUUUCGUGUUGAAAAUGGUGAUCUCCAGUUCCUAAAGUUUUUGAUUGAUGUUUUUUACUAUUACUACCCGAAGCGGCUUGGCCAAGUUCUUUUUGUCGAUGCUCCAUUUGUUUUUCAGCCAAUGUGGCAGGUUGUUAAACCUCUGUUGAAAUCAUAUGCCUCCCUGGUAAGGUUUUGCGACGCGGAGACUGUGAGAAAGGAAUACUUCAAAGAAGAAACUGUGCCUCCUGAUUUCUGCAAUUAGAUCCCAUGAUCAUUUCUUCAGUAAUUGCAAAAAUGUGCAGGUGGUUUCGGAAACAUGGCCUUUAAUUGAUCGAGAAUGGUGAAUGGAUUUGGCACCCAGUGGGGCUGGCGCCUUCCCUAUCUGUACCGUUGGAUCAACUUCUCAAAAGUUGCUCAGACGGAGACUAACGGCAGCAAACGUUUGGUGAGAGUCCAGUAAAAGAAUGGCCCCCGUGCUUGUACAACUUCUGUGGAGCAGAAUGCUCUGUUUAGGCUGCUAUCUGGAAUGGUCCUGUACCAUAUUUUUCUGGUUCUGGAUGAAGCUAUAUAUGGACUUCAUCCAUCUCCCUUGAACAAUUGCCAAUUACAAUACUUGUGUAUGCCCAAUUCCAUGGUGUAGUACCAUAACUUUUCAGUUGCAGACAACACAUGGAUUCCAUUUUUUUUUAUCAAA